AUGCGGUGUUUGAAUGUGAAUUUUCACACACCUGCAACUAUAAGGGUUCAUUUAUUUCUCAGCGGGAUCCAACCUUCGUACAACCCCUGGUAUUUCCACGGGGAGACUUUCUCUCAGCCCGCAGUUGAACUUCCUGAAAAUGACGAAGAGGAAAUGGCAGAUGUGUUGGCGGACAUGUUAAGAGGGGACCCUGGGUUUGACGAAUCUGCUAACACUACUGAUUCUUUCAAUGAACCCCCUAUCAACGACCACAACAAGUUCGAUGACUUGUUUAAGGAGAUGGAGGCUGAGUUAUAUCCAGGUUGCAAAAAAUCAGCCCUUAAUGCACUGGUAAAGCUUAUGCACUGCAAGGUUUUGAAUAGGUGGAGCAACCACUCUUUCGAUAUGUUGCUGUCCAUCUUGAUUGAUCUAUUUCCAGAGGGGACAAAAUUACCGAAGUCGCAUUAUGAGUCGAAGAUGCGAUUGCGCAGUCUAGGUUUGGGUUACGACUCAAUAGAUGUGUGCAAGUAUAAUUGUGCUAUUUUCUGGAAGGAGAAUGAGAAGAAGGAGUUUUGCCCUGUAUGUGGCGAAUCACGAUUGGUGAAAAGAAAGGGUAAGGGGAAAAAAGUUCCUCACAAAGUUAUGCGUUACUUCCCACUCACACCUAGGCUGAAACGAUUAUAUUGCUCAAGACACACUGUGGAGGAUAUGCAGUGGCAUUACUCGCAGAGACCAAAAGAAGACGGUGUGCUUAGGUAUCCUGCGGAUGCUGAAGAAUGGAAGCAGUUUGACCGCCUUCAUCCGUCUUUUGCUGUUGAACCUAGAAAUGUCAGACUGGGAUUGGCGACUGACGGUUUUAAUCCAUUUGGCAACAUUAGCAACUCUUACAGCCUGUGGCCAGUUAUUUGUGUCCCAUAUAAUUUGCCACCGUGGAAGUGUAUGAGUUCUGAAUCGUUGUUGUUGACCUUAUUAAUUCCAGGUCCAUCAUCUCCUGGGAAAGACAUAGAUGUAUUCAUGAGACCAUUAAUUGAUGAACUGAAACAGUUGUGGGAGACGGGUGUUGAAACCCGAGAUGCCUACAACGGAACUGUGUUUUCAAUGCGUGCGGCAGUGUUGUGGACAAUAAAUGACUUUCCUGCUUAUGCUCUAAUGUCUGGUUGGAGCACAAAAGGGUAUAUGGCGUGUCCCACUUGCAAUGAACAUACUCCUUCCAUUGGCCUAAAUAGUAAGAUUGGAUAUGUUGGCCACAGACACUUUCUCGAAAUGAGUGAUCUGAGAAGGAGAAGCAAAAAGUACAAUGGUAAGCCUGAGAAGAGAGCAACACCUCCUGUAUUGACGGGAAAUAAUAUUUUAUCUCAGUUAGACGGAAUUCCAUUGACUUUGCCUGGAAAACACAAACAGUUCGGGGGUGUGAAACGGAAGCGUUCUAAUGAAGAGCUCAAUUGGUCUAAAAAAAGUAUUUUUUUUGAGCUUGAGUACUGGAAGUCAAAGUCCUUACGACAUAAUCUUGAUGUAAUGCACAUUGAGAAAAAUGUGUGUGAUAGCUUAGUAGGUACUCUUCUAAGUAUCGACGGGAAGUCAAAGGAUACCGACAAGGCGAGAAUGGAUUUGCAAGACUUGCAAAUACGACGAGAGUUGUGGUUGUAUGAAGACCGGAAUGGGAAGUGGAAGAAGCCUCCAGCUAGUUACACACUUAGUGUUCAAGAACGGAUUGAAUUUGCAGACUUCAUAAAGUCUGUACGAUUUCCUGACGGUUUUGCAGCAAACUUAGACAAAAAUGUCAAUUUGGAUACGGGCAAGAUUUCCGGGCUCAAAUCACAUGAUUGUCAUGUGUUGUUACAACGUUUACUACCGGCAGGUAUCCGUAAGUUCUUGAAAAAAGAAAUCUGGGACACAAUCAUUGAGCUGUGUGUGUAUUUCAAACAAUUAUGCUCAAGAACACUUCAUGUUUUGGAUUUAGAAAAAAUGCAAACAAAUAUUCUAACUAUUUUGUGCAAGUUAGAAACACUUUUUCCACCGGCCUUCUUCGACAUAAUGGUUCACGUAGUUAUGCAUCUCCCUAAAGAAGCUAUACUAGGUGGACCAGUGCAGUACAGGUGGAUGUAUCCCAUUGAGCGCUCAAUGUCUGUGUACAAGCAAUAUGUCAGGAAUCGUGCCCGUCCGGAAGGCUCUAUUGCUGAAUCUUUUGUGGUUAAUGAGGCAUUAACCUUUUGCUCAAUGUACUUUCGGGAAGUGGAAACUCGAUUCAACCGUCCUGACCGGAACAAUGACAUUGUCCAAAACAUGCCAACUCGACAAUUUUCUGUAUUCAAGCAUGUUGGCCGACCCCUCGGUAUGAGGACAGUCGACACCUUACCCAUGCAAAGCAAGCGUAAGGCGGAGUGGUACAUUUUGAACAAUUGCACAGAGGUUGAACCGUAUAUCAAGUAA